UAAGGGCUAUUCCUUGUAUAUUAACUUCCUGCCUGUCACCACACCUACUGACAUCACCUGAGUAGGCAGUUUAGUGGUUAUAUGAAAGCGAGCAAACACAUUGUAAAGAAAUUGUGGAAGCCCUGAAUUGCAGUACUCUUCUCUCUGAAUGAGGAUGUUACAUGGUGAUUGACUUACUUAUUCCACAUGCCGAAGCUGUAUUUCUUCUUCAUCUAUUUGAUGUGCAGGGUGAGGGCAGGUACAGAAGAAGAAUGUCCUGCAUUUACAGGUCUCAGUAUAAGCAGUGCUUUGACUGGCACAGACUUGAAAGUGAAACUAAUGUUGUACACAAGACAAAACCAGAACUGUGCUGAAACACUCAGUUCAGCUGGUUCCAGGUAUCUGAAUGUGACCAAGAAAACUAUCCUCAUUGUGCAUGGGUACAGACCCACAGGGUCUCCCCCCACCUGGAUACAAAAAGCAGUACAUCUCUUGCUCUCUGUGGAAGACAUCAACAUAAUCAUUGUAGAUUGGAACCGUGGGGCUACAACUCUGCUCUAUCACAGAGCUUCUAGCAAUACUAAGAAAGUUGCUGAAUUCUUGAAAACACUUAUAGACCAAAUGUUGGCCGAUGGAGCAUCACUUGACUCUGUUUAUAUGAUAGGAAUUAGUCUUGGAGCGCAUAUCUCUGGAUUUGUGGGACAGAUGUAUAAUGGCAAACUUGGGAGAAUAACAGGUCUUGACCCAGCAGGCCCCUUAUUUAAUGGGAAACCCCCUGAGGAAAGGUUAGAUCCUACAGAUGCCCAGUUUGUUGACGUCAUUCAUUCUGAUAUUGAUGGACUAGGCUACAGAGAAGCUUUAGGACACAUAGACUUCUAUGCUAAUGGAGGAACCGACCAGCCCGGCUGCCCACAAACAAUAUUUUCUGGAUCACAGUAUUUUAAAUGUGACCAUCAGAGGUCUGUUUUCCUGUUCUUGUCAUCCUUGAAAGAGAGGUGCAACAUCACUGCAUACCCCUGUGAUACAUACAGAGAUUACAGGAACAGCAAAUGUGCCAGCUGUGAGGCUUUCCAGCCCAUGGCAUGCCCCAUCCUGGGUUAUUAUGCUGAUAAGUGGAAAAGCUAUUUAACACUAAAGAAUCCUCCAGUGACUAAAGUUUUUUUUGAUACAUCGGACAAAGAACCAUUCUGCCUUUAUCAUUACUUGGUGGAUAUUAUUACCUGGAACAAAAAUAUUAGAAGAGGCUCCCUCAUAAUUAAACUAAAAGAUCAAGCUGGGAACACAGCAGAAUCCAAAAUCAAUCAUGAAGUUGCAACUUUUCAACAAUUCAACCAAGCUAGUUUGAUAGCUGGAUUUGACCAGGAUUUUGAAAAAAUUGCGAGAAUUUCCUUGGCAUUUUCCACGGGGUCUGUAAUAGGCCCAAAGCACAAACUCAGGAUUCUUCAAAUGAGGUUAAGGUCAAUUACAUAUCCAGAAAGACCACAGCUGUGUAGAUAUGACCUUGUACUGCUGGAAAACACUGAAAUAAUCUUCAAACCUAUUCCAUGUCAAAACAUGCAAACUUGAGUCAAGGAAGACUCAGCUGUACGACAAGUUAUAUUGACAACAGCACACAUUUCACAUAUUAUGGCGAAAUGGCAGGGGGAAAAAAAGGACUCAUUUUCAACUGUCUUCACAUCCUGUCUUCUAUGGAUGUCAAACUAUAGUGCAAUUCCUCAUGCUCCCCAGGUGUCCUGCUGCCCAUGUAGAGACUCUCAAAUGCAUUUAUGGUGGUGUAGUAUUAAAAAAAAAAGUUUUUGACUCAGAGUGUCUUCCAUCCAAGGAGCUGAGUGCUUCCCAAACAUAAGCUAUUGAGGAACAGCAAGGAUAUUACAGGAGACUACUGUUCUCAGCUUAUAAACUAACCAUUUUCAUUUUGACUAGGAAACGAUUGGUUAUAAAACAAUGAUUUGAAAUUAUUAAUUUUUUAAAAAGAUGUCUUUUGAUGGUAAAUAAAGCUUUGCCACAGGCCAAUUGAGCAUAGUGGAGGUGUCGUUUUCAGACAGUAUUUUUGGCUGAUUAACUUCUUACAAUAGGUAUGGUUAUUUCAUGAUGAAACUACCAUUCUGAGUAGCCAUCAGAAUAGGACUUUUCUUUCCAGUGAAAGCAAUGAUCUGCUACAUGUGCAUACGCAUACCUAAUAAAAGUUAAAGCUAAAUAAUUGGCAUUAUAUGUAGUAAUCGUCACUUUCAUUCUGAUAGUAACAACUUAGAAGUGAAACAUUCCUUUUUACAUAAAGCAAGUUUUCAAGUUUGUGAUUUUGGUAGUUAGGACUGUAUACCUGUUUGCUUAAAGAAAAAGUUUCUUUAAAACAGUGAUAUCAGGCAAGGAACCUUAGAAUCACAAGCUGAAACACCCUCAUGUAGAAGGACAACUUUACCAUAAACAUAUAUUGUGAGUAAUGUUUAGAAAGAGGCCAGAACCAAAUUCUGUGGCUCAUAACUUAGUCAAAUCUCUGACCACAAGACAGUGUCAAAUUUCAAACCAUAGCUCAAACCCUGAGAGACUCUUCAAAAAAACAGAUGGGACAUUUUAUAUUAGCAAAUCUACCUGUUUUUCACUUGCCUUGUUCUCAGAAAUUUUUAAUAAAUUGAACUUUUACUAAAGCUUUGCAUACAAAUUCAGCCUGAGACCAAAACCCAGCUGUAGUGAGGUAUGCUCUUAUGGCUCUGGUGCCUUCUACUGACCCAUCUGGAGAUUAGCUUGCCUCAUGGUCUGACACCCCUUCCUGCAACUGCUCAGCCCAUCAUCCUAUUCACUUACUCUGUAGUCUCCCCCUUGCUCCCAGAGUUGCAGCACUUUCCUCUUAGAGGCUUAAUUCUUUGGCUAAGUCACAUUGAAAUUCCCCCUCUUCCAUGCCUCCCCUUCACAUCGGUUCAUUGAGGGGCAAAUCCCAAAAAGCCUUUA